AAUAAAAUGGCUGCGGAAUGUUGACAAACACGACGUUACCGAAAACUGUUUGUAAUUUUUGGCUAAUGGGGUUGUAUUAGUGACAUUUUAUUACAUCCAGAUGGACACUGGCGAUUGGUUUCCAAUGGAUGAGGUAACGAAGAAAAGAAAGAAAAGUGAUAGGUUUGGACCUGGAGCAAGACCUCGGGAAAUUCGAUCAUCUCUACAGGACCCAAGUAGACGAGCAGCAAGUCAGUCCAUAAACCCACCUGACUACCCGACAUCUUCAGCCGUGUUUACACAGAAUGACUAUAAGGAAUUUGUUGUGCGGUUUGCGGGGGUGAUACCUGGAGUUCCCAUGGAGGUAGAUGUCACGAACAGGACAGAAGUGCUGAGGAUAAUUGAUAGCGGAAAGAAACAAGGGAGGAUCCCCCUACAGGCCAAGUUUGAGGUGGAGGUCAUUCUCAGUCUCAGUAAGAGCAACAUCAAGCUGCUGAAGAAAGCCGGCAAUGAGGUGAUACUUCGGUUACCGAUUCAUGAAAUAGCUGCCAUCUGUUACAUACAAGAUGACCGUGUACAUAUAUUGUCUAUCAAACAUGGAAAUCCAGAUAAUUGUGAUCUUGCUGUGAUGUAUUGUGCUAAUCAGGGUCAGGCCCAGGAUAUUUGCGCCUUGGUUGAGAAAUGUUUCCAGAUGGUUUACAUAGAAUUUACCAUACAGUUGUUGGAGCAGGCUAUUGAAGUAAAGUCCGUCCACUCCACAGAUUCCACCAUUACUUCAUCAACGAGUGAAAGGCCUUCAUUUAUGUCAACGUCACAAGACCAAAUUUAUUCUCCAAACAGUAAGGAUCCGAUGGCACGGUCAAAGAGUGAAUCCGGGAAUAGUGAUACCAGCUCAAGGACAAAAUUAGUCAACGUUUAUAUGGAAGAGCUUCCAAAUCAGUUUAACCUCGAGGAACUGACGACGUUUGCUAGCUUGCUUAAAACACUUAAUGAUUCCAGUUCACACAUGCCAUUCCCAGAGUUUUGUGACCAGGUAUUCAAGUUAUAUGGUCCAAAACGCAAGAAUCUAUUGGGAGGUCUAAGUCCCUUUAUUCCGGAGAGUGAAUACCGUUAUUUUGCUGACUUCCUGAAGAAACAUGACCUGAAGGAACCUGAAGAUGGCACAUUGUCAAGUCGUAACAGUUUUCCGGGAAAUUUCAGGAGAUCUGUGAGUGAUGUUUCUGGUGAUGGAAGUCACAUUGAUGACAUUUUGGACAAAAUCUCCACACAGUUCCAGAAAAUAGACGCUAGUAUGGGAACUGUGAGCGAUAGUUAUCUCAAAUAGAGAGUUGAUCAACAAUUAUCUCAGAGAGAGAGAAACAUUUAUCUUAAAUAGAGAGUUGAUCAACAGUUACCUCAGAGAGAGAGAGAGCGAGCUGAUCAACAGUUAUCUCAAAUAGAGUUGAUCGACAUUUAUCUCAGAGAGAUAAAAAACAUUUAUCUAAAAUAGAGAGUUGAUCAACAGUUACCUCAGAGAGAGAGUUGAUUAACAGUUAUCUCAAAUAGAGUUAAUCAACAGUUAUCUCAAAUAGAGUGUUGAUCGACAUUUAUCUCAGAGAGAGAUCAACAUUUAUCUAAAAUAGAAAGUUGAUCAAGUGUUACCUAAAAUAGAGAAUUGAUCAACAGUUAUCUCAAACAGAGAGUUGAUCAACAGUUAUCUCAAUGUGAGAAAUAAAACAUAGUGUGGAGUGCGUAGAGUGGGUUCAAGUGAAGAAAGGUGUCCAUAUCAAGAAGAGAAAUUGUGUCUUCAUUAUCGUCAUGAGAGGGAUAUCUUUCUUUCACGAGGAGAAUAUGGGUAUGAUGAGAGGAUUUCUCACACAAGAUGAACUUUGUGUUUAUGGUGCAUUUGAAGAAUGGUGCUGCUGAGAUUCAGUCAUAUCAUUAACAUUAAUCUGUGAUUCUGCUUAAAUUGGUUGUUGUGGACAACAUUUCUGUAUGAUCAUGUCAAUACAUAGAAUUUCCCAGCAGUACGGUGGAACCUUAUCUAUCUGGACACUUAUGUUAACCCAUCAGACUUUCGUAAUGGUAUUUACAGUCUGACAUUCUGUUACCACUAGCCCUCCACCACUGGGUCGCAGGUUCGAGGCCUACAUGGUGCAGUCAUCAGGUUUCUGGUCAUAGCUUUGUGGUUUUACCACGGGAAUUCCGGCUUUCCUCCUCCACCAAAACCUGGCACGUCCUUUAAUGACCAUAAACAAACCAAAUAUAUAGUAAAUGAAUUUGUUAGUGACAGUAACUGUUUCAUUCAAUAUCUAGAAUCUGUAAUCUGGAAAAUUUGUUUUUACGAACUUUUAAUCAGGAACCAUAUUGUCCAGGGUGAUGAGGUUUCGCUGUACGGUACUGUAUGUGUAUAUAUGUUCUGUGUAACUGGCUACCCAAGUUGUUUUUGUCUAUGAGAUGUAAGUUUAUAUAAGUUAAUAUUUUGUAGUGAGUAAUUAGAAAUAUGCAUUCUUAUUUAUUUUAAUAGAAAUUUUCUUUUAAAAAAGAAAAAUGUAUACAUUUUAAUCAAUUUUAAUCACAGAUGUGAUAUUUUGAAACCUACCAAGUAAGCUAUAAUGGACAUUUUCAUUUAUCAGUAACAGCAAUUUUAAUUCCCUUAAAAUUUGAUAUUUCAGGGGUAAAAAAUAAGACUUGUAAAGUUUAAUGUAAUUGUUUAAAGUUUGCUGUAAUCAACACCAGGGCUGGGUUUUUCAAGGUCUGAUUAUCUUAACAAGUUCUAAAUGCAAAUUUUUCACAUGUAAUUUUUAAAAAGUAUAAAAAAAACCCAAAUGUUUUUGUGUUUCUUGUCACCAGAGAAUCAUUCUGAAUCAUUCUAUAUAUUAGUUAUAAUUUCAGUCUAGGCAGUAGUUUAGGGGUUAAGGCGUAUGACUGUUUAUGAUCGCUAGCCCUCUACCCCUGGUCACAGGUUCGAGGUUUGGGGCAGUCACCAGGUACUGGCCGCAGGUACUCCAGCUUUCCUUCACCCCAUAACCAGUCUCACCCUUAAACGAUCGUAGCUGUUAAUAGGACGUCAAGCACAUACAAACUAAACAAGUUUUAGUCUUUAAAAAACAUAUAUUUGAUUAAAAUUGAGCAUUCACUUUGGAUUAAGAUGACCAAGCAUUGAGUAAGGCCCAGAGAACUAGAUCUGUACACUUUUUAUGUACAUUGUUAGUAAUAUGUGCCUUCAUAUAAAAUCUUUAUUGCAAUUCUUUUUUUCAUUUUAUAGACGCACAAGUUCGUACAUUAUGUUUACCUUUGCUGAGGAGUAAAACUUGCAUGGAGUCGUCAGACUUGAGUUAUGCAGCUUGAUAUAGAGUUAUAUUGUGAGUUUUGUCUUUGGUAAGACAAAGAUGUAUUUUGUUAUUUUUUUUGUGCUGGAGUUUUCAGUUAAUUGAACCGCACACUAUUGACAUAUGUUCUGAUUAUUGAUAUAUUCCUACUUUUCUAUUGCUAUACAAUGAGUCUUUGUAAUCAGAACUUUGUUCACAGAUGUAUUCAUAAAAAUUAACCUCUUUCUUUUCUCAUUAAUUGACCAUAUGGUUUAAUUGGAAUAUGUUUUAUCAAUAACAUGUUGGGUUUUUGUACACUGCUGUAAAUAUAAGUCUGAUGUUAAUGUUAACAUGUGUUGAAAUUGUUUAUGCUUCAUGUCUAAUGGUUGUGGAUGGAGUGGUGAUACCAAAUGAUCAUAGUAAUGAUCAAAUAUUGUUAUAUUUUCCAGCUCAUUCAUCAAGACACAUGUAACACACACAAGACACUUAAAUAUA